UUAGUUUUACCGAUAGUUUGAUGUGUUACAUACAGGAACUUUAAUUUUAUUGGUGAGGCAAAUAUGUCUUUAGAUUGUUGUUACAUAGGUCUAGUGUUACUUUCAUUGACCGCAGCCAAUUUGUAGGCUGGAUUGUCACUUUAAUGUCUUCAUUAUGUCAAAAUUAGCCAGUAUUUUCCUUCCGCUUUGUUGCAUCUUAUUGCUGGUUUCAAUUUCUUAUUUUUUUUUCAGGCCAUUAUAUUUUACAAAUGUAACACUUUGCUUUAAUUUGUUCACGUUUGCCAAUAUUUUUAUGUUAUGUUGUUUCAUAUGACUCUUUCAUUUGCUUGUGUGUGAGUGUGAUGGAAGCAUCGCUACAUAUUUUGCUGUCAUAUGUUUAUGGUUUUAAUUGGGGGGCAGUGCAGUGUGAUGGAAGUGUUGCCUCCUAUGUUAUUUUUGACGGCAGGACACUUCCUGCUUCCUUUUAAGGAAAGAGGAGAUUUCUUGCAUCCUUAUAAGGCAACGUGCGUGUGUGCGCGUGUCCUACUAUAUACCCCUCAGCUUCCUCUUCUGGUCCACUCCGAGGUGGACGUCCAUCAGAUGCUCAGAUCUAAGGAUGUGCGUGUCCAGGUGUCUGCGCUGUGUGGGCGUGGCUCUGGUUACCCUGGCGACCGUAUGCACCGUGGCCAACAUUCUGCUGUUACUGCCGGAGCUGAAGGUCCAUUUCUUGUUGGAGGGUCACGUGACCAGAGAGGCCUCCUGGGCCACAGGACUCUGGAGCUCUGGACUCCUGGUUGUGAUUGGGGCUCGAGCAUUUUUGCAGAGCCGCCACACACCAGGAUGUUGCGCCUUCAGGACACAGAUGUUGCGCCAGGCGUUGUACUCGUGUGCGUGUCUGCUGUCUUCUGCUUUCUGUUGCCUGGUUAGCAUCACAGGGCUGGUCCAAGGUCCUCUCUGUCUCUACAACACUACAAGUGGAUCAGCCUGGGGCGUACCACUUCAACCCACUGCCGACAGGGACGCCGGGUACCUGUACAACAGAAGUCUGUGGUCGGGUGUUUGUUUGGAGCCCAAGGGUGUGGUCCAGUGGAAUGUAGUUCUCUUCAGCAUACUAGGGGGCGCCAGUGGGCUACAGGCGCUCCUCUGCGCCGCCAACGUCAUCAACACCCUGCUGGGCGUCGUCUUGGGACGCAGUGCGGGCGACAAUAAGGUGAGCCCUGUUUCAGCGUGACAUCGCGAUGACGUCCCAGGGCAAGACCACUUGUCAAAAUGUUUUUUCUUGACUGCUGCACUUUACAACCAAUUAAGCUAAAUUAAGAGCACGAAACUUGAAGAAAAUAAGCUUGCUAAAGUAUAAUAAACUUGUCCUUUUUUGACAUAAUUUCAUUAUUAAGUCACGUUGAUUUAAUUAGAAAAUAUAAGUCGUGACAUGAUUGGAGGUCAUUUUGUUCGUUUAACCCCCCCCCCCCCAGAAUUGUUUAUUUAUUGCUAAUAAUUGUUGAUUAAACUUGUUUAGUUAUUUUUUUAUGUCAAUUCUAUCAUCAUUACGAUAGAUUUGUAUAUAUUUUUUAAUCCAGUAUUAUUUUCCAAUGUUGUUCUAAAUUCUAUUUUAAUGUAUUUGUUUUAAUGUAAAUUUUCUUGUACACAUUUAUUUUGAUUUUGAGUUAAGUAUUAGUUUUCACUUAACAAAUUGUUACCAAAAUGAAAUGUAAGGGUUUUUUUUCUCAAAAUUAGCAUCCUCUUGUUCAUGCUGAAGUGACUGGCAGUACAGUAUUAUGCAGGCAGGGGGUGCUGUUUCCACAACGGUAAAACCUCAUGAAGCAAACGUUAAUGUACCGCACUUUAAACUUAUUCCCUUUUAUUUUGUAAGCUACAUUACUUUUCUGUCAAGCAAUUGAUGAAUUUUGGUCAAUGGUUCUGAACUCCUGGUUCCAUGCAUCAAUUGAGACUUUUAUGGACCAUGGCUUGGAUUACAAAAUAAAACACCAUACAAGUGCAACGGGAAUCCUUUCAGAGUACAAUUUUUUUGGUUUUGUUUUUCAAAACAUGCCCAAACACAUCUGUAAAAUCUGAACCACACAAAAGUGUCUUCUAUGCAUCAUUUGUAAAUAAUGCAUGUGUGGAUUUCGCAUACGUGUACAAUGUGGUGUGUCUAUAAUAUGCGUGUGUAUCUUUUGAAUGAUAUCUGUGUGUGUUUCGUAUGCAUGCAUGCAGCGUGUCUUGUGAAUGUGUUUGGGUAUUGUCUAUUUUGUAUAACGUGUAUAAUCGAUGUGUGUGCAUCAUAUAUACUGUAUGGUUGGUUUGUAUCAUGUUUGUGCGUGUGCAUAAUGUGUGAAUGUCUGUUUGUAUUACAUAAAAUGAAUAUGUAUUCUGUGUGGGCGACCCGGUAGUCCAGUGGUCAGCACGUCGACUUCACAGUGCAAAGGUACCGUGUUCAAAUCCAGCUCCGGCCUCCCUGUGUGGAGUUUGCAUGUUCUCCCCGGGCCUGCGUGGGUUUUCUCCAGUUUCCUCCCACAUUCCAAAAACAUGCAUGGCAGGCUGAUUGAUCACUCUAGAUCAGGCAUGUCCAAAGUCCGGCCCUCGGCCCCUGUCAUAAAAUCAGUGCCGUCUGGCCCGCAGGUUGGGCGCAAUGGAACACGUGUUGCAUUGACUGAGGUCUCGUAGACUGGUGAGUGAUGUUUCAUAGAGUACUGCUUCCCUCUAGUGGCUAAAUGAGUAAUAGCAUCCACUAAAUGAGUAAUAGCAUUUAGACACUAGAGGGCAUCACUCACGAGUUAACAAGACAUCACUCCGUGUUUAUAUUGACUGAUAUGUCGUAUUUCAAAUGAUCCUUGCAGUUGUGGAUAUGU